AUGGUACACGACUCACAAACACACGGACACCUAUAUAUGCGCUCGGACGACUUCGCUCGACAACUUUGCUCCGCCAGCAGCAAUAUGAGAACUGUCGCAGCUGUUCUAGCUGUCGUCUGCUACGUGUACGCUCAACAAGCACCAUUUGUGCUUCCAAGACUUCCGAAGGAACUUCCACCAGGUUUCGAAGAAGUUCUGCCACAAGAAGUAAUAGCUCAACUUCGUGCUGUCCAUGAGAAUAAUCAAAUGACCGCAGAACAACAGCAUGAGGCGAUCGACCGUAUCAUGACAACUCUGCCUGAGGAAGUAAUCCAAAGGCUGCCGCAACCGCCUGGCUUUGAAAACCUUCCACAAAACAUUCGCGAACAGCUCAAAGCCAUUCAUCAUGACAGGUCGCUAAAUUGGCGCCAACGUGGUGACAAGAUCAGAGCAUUGCUCGAAUCACUGCCGCCAAACCUUCGCCCGAUGCCAAUGCAACCGACACCAUUCAAGGGAGGCAAAGCAUUUCAUCAGCCCAACUUCGCCGUCUAACGGUGUGCCGCCACUAACAGCAACAGCAUUAUCAUUCUGCUUGGGGAUUGUAUUUUUAAAUAAAUUCGC